UGUGCAUCGGUCGUGCCGUUUUUCGUGCAACUCGGUUUUCAAAAACUCGAUAAAGACAUCGUGCUGUUGUAUGGUUUAUAAAUGGAGAAGCGACAGGAUAGUUGAAGUCAAGUUUACGUACCCUAACCUACUUUACAGCAAGCAUCACAUUAAGCUUCAGCAAGCAUGGAGUCCUACAUGGUGAGGCGUUCCUCCAUCUACGUCACGCUGUUUGUUGGCUAUUUCCUCUACUACCUGAAUCGCAAAUCCUUCUCCUUCCUAAUGCCGUAUGUCAUUGAAGAAGAAGGAAUGCACAGGAGUGAGUUAGGUGCUAUCACCAGCAGUGUUUCCCUGGCCUACACCAUCAGCAAGUUCAUCAGCGGCAUCUUGUCAGACAAGAUCAGCGCCCGGGUCAUGUUCAGCAGCGGACUGUUCCUGACCAGCGUGCUGGUACUCCAGUUCACUGGUUUCCGGUCCCUGCAGAUGUUUAUGGUGCUGUGGUUCCUGAACGGCAUGGCCCAGGGCGGCGGCUGGCCAUCAUGCUCAAAAGUCCUAAAGCAGUGGUUUCUACCAUCAGAGCUGGGUCUGUGGUGGAGCGUUCUCUCCACCAGUGCCAAUCUCGCUGGGGUUGUCGGGCCCAUUUGUCUGUCUUUCAUUGCAAGGGAUUAUGGGUGGAGGACGGCAAUGUACAUAGGAGGUGUGUUAGGCAUCGGCAUGUCAUGUGUGUCAUUCCUCAUGAUCAAGAACUCUCCUGCUGAGGCUGGCCUGGAACCGUUAGCUUCCUCAGAGCCCACCAAAGCCACCUCAAGUAAUAAAGACGCCUCAUCAGAUGCGAGUCCAUCUGGAGAUUCGGCAACUACCCGUGACGUGAUCAGCAGUCCCUUUCUGUGGGUCAUCUCAGUCUUAUUCUUCCUGACAGCCCUGAUUGCCUAUGGUAUCAUGGAUUGGGGCCAGCUGUAUCUCAUACAGGAGAUUGGCUUUGAGAAUGCUGUAGGAAGUGCAUUCACUAGUUCUUAUUCCAUCGGAGCCAUCGUUGGCAGCAUUGUUGCCGGCUUUGUUACAGACAGAUUAGUUGCCAGGGCGAGCAAAAAUUCUAAAAGCAGUCCUCGGUUUCCAUGGUUCAUGUUCAUGGAGGCAGUCAACCUCAUGUCAAUCCACAUCUUCAGAAGUCUGGUCACCAUAGAAACAAAUAAAGUGUUGAUUCUUACCAUUGGUUUCCUGUUUGGUGUUGCUCAGUAUGGAGCCUUCUCUGUGUACGGUGUAGUGGCCAUAGAGAACGCACCUGUUCAUUUGUCUGGAACCUCCCAUGCCUUUGCUGCCAUGGCCUGCAAUGUUGGCGUUCUGAUGGCAGGUUACCCACUGACCUACAUAGCAGAGAGGUUUGACUGGUCCGUAGUGCUGAUGUGUCUGGAGGCCAUGUCGCUAACCAGUCUAAUGAUUCUAGUAGCUGCCAGAAAAGUGGAGGCUAGGAUUGGAAAGCCAUCAAUUAAAGUGGAGUGACAUGAUUGCGGGUAAUUUAUAAACAGUGGUUGGUACUGUCCUUUUUCUAUCAGUGUUGUUGUUUAUUCCGUCACAAUUUAAUCAAAUUGGUUUCAUGUUAAUGACAAAAAAUUGUAUGUUUGAGAGCUUUUUUUUACCGAGAGCAGUUAAAGCCCACCGCACACGAGAACGACAUGCUGAGCGAAACGUCAUCAAGGCCGUUUGCUCAGCACGUAAAUGUAGAUCUCAAAAUAUUCCCGUGUGCGAUGAGUUUUUGCUGAGUUUCUGCCUCUCGAGGCCGUGAGGCAGAUCCUGUUUGUUUUUUGUUGUUGUUUUGUUUGCCUUGCAAGGUGAAAAACUCACCUCGUGGUAAAACCUGAGCUAUGUGAUAUCGUUUUUUCAAUUUCUUCUAAAGCCUGCUGGUGUUUGUUUUUGUCCCUGUUGUUAAAAUCAUGCGACCGACAAACAAGGAUAACCUGGCCACAACUCAACCAGCUUGCCCUCUAAAAUAUAGUUGAAGACAAAGUAACUGACUCUCAGCUUUCGAUUGGGGCCGCCAUCUUGAAAUCUCGUGACCAGAGUAUGUGCUUUCAUUGGUUAGUUAAUUUUUUAGCUCAGCACAUAGCUCAGGUUGACCUCACAAGAUAGGCGAAAAAAAUCAAAAUUUGCCUCAUGGCCUUGCGAGGCAGAAAACUCAGCGAAAAUUCACCGCAGACAGAGAUGUUUUGUGAGCUACCGUACGUGCUGAGCAAAUGGCUUCGAAAGACUUGUUGCUCAGCAUGUAGUGAGGAUUUUGCAGGUCUUGGGAAGGUCAAGAGAGAUGCAACCUUUAUCAUGAAACGUUGUGAUGAUAAUUGGGGCUCUCUCAAACAAUUGGUGUUGAUAAAAUGUGAGACCUGCCCCAAAGAAACCCGGACACAGUUGCAGAAGUAGUUUUUGCACAAAGGCCAUGUGAAGUCAUUUUGGGGUGGAACAGACCAAUUAGAUGUUUUCAGAUUUUCUGAAUCAGUAAAUAUAAAUUUACAACCUCCCGAAAUAUUUACUAGAAUCCAUCAAGCAGAAGUGUAUUUUUCGGUUGAUUCAAUGAAGUCAAAAGCAGAAUUUCAUGAGUAUAUGUAUAUUCAGUAUUCAGUAAGAAGUUUUUAACAUUGACGUAUAGAUGUAACUUUUACUCGCAGUAAGUAUUCAAAAAAUUCAAGCCUUAAAUGUGCAACUCAAGCUUGCAAUCAACAAUUUGUCUUUUGCUUUUUGGGUCUGUCCACACUAACGGUUACAAAAGUGUGACAUUUAGAGGGAACCAUGGACAGGAGUCGAUAUAUGAAGUAAUACGUUAAGUUUUCCAUCAUUCUUCAUCCUAUAUCUUGGUGAGAACAUUACCCACGAACAAGUUUGAUAAAUUUCUCAGGUUUCGAGAAAUUACAGAGGAUUAUCUUCAAGAUUUAACGUUCAUAACAUGGACAGACAUUUCAUUUUUAAGUGGUGGGAAGCAGUUAAUAAAAUACAUGAAUUAUCCCAAAUUUGUUCCUAAUGUAAAGCUAUCCAUUUAUCCAUUGAGAGAUUGUCACUGGCCAAUCUCAGGUUAAACCUCUAGAUAUUUUUAACUACAGGGUGGGCACAUCUUCAAGACUUCAUGUUCAUAACAGGGACAGAAAUUGUGUCACAAAUUUCUGUUCAUUUUAUGAACAUGUAUCAAGUCGCAUCAUAAUUUCAUAAAUACUUAACAGGUUGCUUUAAUGUUGAAUGAUACUAAUUCUUCAUUGAAUGUGUACUAUAAAUGGAACAUGGGUGGGAUUUAUUAUGAAAAGAACAUAUAGUAUGAAUCAAGAGUGCCCGUCCAUGUUAUGAACAUUAUCCUACAUUUCAUCUUGAAGAUGGCCGAGUAAUUUCCUACAUAUCCAGUGAAUCAGCCUUAUUAUUUUAUCAGUGCAAUCACGAAUAAUACAGGAAUGUUAAAAAAAAAAAAAAAUCUUAGCAAAAAAACAGCUUUGAAAUCCACCUCCCAUGUCUCACCCAUAAAGUUACAAGUUGUAACUGUUAGUGCCGACAGACCCUUUUCCUUUUUUCUUAAAUUACCCGCAAUCAGUGAUUCUGUUCGUGUCAUGUUCUUCUUUUGUAAUCGUUUGUAUGUUUUUGUCUAAUUUUGUAAUUUUUCAUUUGAUUCUAUUCCAAUAUUGUGCAAUGCAUUAAUUCUUCUGAAAUAUAAAAAAAAAAUCAGGUGCUACUUCAAUAUCUUUGUGAUAAUUAAGAGUAAGUGUUAUGAAUGUGGAAAAGGUAAUCUAGAAAUGUUCACUAUGAAACCUUGAAAGGCAUGUACAUGUAGAUGUAGGAUCAUUUAAAUAAUCUCAAACGUAACCCACCAAAUUGCUAUCAAGAACCUUACUUGGAUUAAAGAUCGAACUGGUACUAAACACCCUGUGAAAUUA